ACCAUCCAGCGACACCCUCGUGGCUUGGGCUGCUCCUCUGUGCGCUUGGAGCGGGCACUGAGUGCCGCAGCCCUUGGGGCAGGCUGUGGGUGACAUGAUGAGAGCAGCUGGGGUCAGGCCAGCUCCAGGGAGCUGUCGGGUGUUGGUGAAGGAGGUCCUGCUGGCACACUGGUCACACCAAGGCAGGGUGACCGUGUCCUGUAGGGGUCUCAGUGGGUAUGUGGGGCUGCAAUCACAUUCUGACCUUCUUGCCAAGCAAGAACCAAGCCCUGAAAGCACAGCCCUGUGUGUGAGGAGCUGGUGCCCUGCUGUGGAGGAGGCAGGUGGGCUGGGGGUGGUGGGUAUUUUGGGUGCUUGGCUGCGUCUGGUUCCUGCAGGGUGGAGGCUCUGCUGCACUUUUGAGGUACACGGUGGCACGCGCCCCCGCUAUCCCAUGACAGACUGGGAAGGUGCUGGUGCUGCAGAGGCUCCCCUGGGAGGAAGCGGAUGCUCAGCAGAUGUGAGGCUGUCAGCAGGAGCCUCAGCAGCUCAAAAUGGCUUUAAUUUGCAUCAGGGUCUGUCCUGAGAACAGUUUGAGAGCUCAGCUGCAGGUCGGCAGGCCAGCACUUGCAGCAGGGAACAAAGAGCAGGACCUGGUGCUCAGGGAGCCAGGAGUGAGUGUGACUCACCCAGUGAGCCAAGCCAAGCCUGCUCUGGGCAAGGCCCCCCUCAGCCCAGCUUUGGGCCUGCCCUGCCCCACAGUUCAGGGCUCUGUGCUGGUCCCUCUUCUCCGUGCCCUCCAACAGCAUCUGGCAGGUGCAGGCUGGAACUCCCCUAUGCCCCUCGUGCCCUGCACGGCUCUUCCUGAGCCCUAUGUGGAGGGCAGUGCUGCCAGAUGCAGUGGCCAGCUCUUCACUGACCUGUUUUCUCCCUGCCUUUGCCCUUUCCGUGCAUUAGAGGUCCUGGAGGAAGAUGCGAGCCCAGCUGUUUGCUGCCAGCCCGUCCGGCGUGGCCCGCAUGGAGAAGUUUGAUGUGCGGGAUGAUGGCACGAUCCCAGAGAAGACAUCCCUGCAGCGGUGUGCCCGCAGGGUGAUCCGCCUCUCUGACUGCGUCUCCGUGGGCCCGGCGGGCACAGAGAGCUGCCCCAAAGCCACCGCCGCCUUCUACCUCACCACCACGGAGAAGAGCUAUGUGCUGGCAGCCGAGCAGCGCGAUGAAUGGAUCACCCAGCUCUGCCAGCUGGCCUUCCAGGGUGCAAAGGAGACAGUGCCAAGUAGUGCCAGGACCCAGUCCAGCCCUGCUGUCCCUAUGGAGGAGAACUCCCUCUACUCAUCCUGGCAGGACCUGACUGAAUUCUUGGUGCUGGUGGUCCAGACAGAUGCAGCCACCCGCUGUGGGCUGCAUGGGCACUAUCUGCUCUCGGCCCUUCCCCAGAGCCUGACGCUGAAGGACCCCCAGUCCCGCCAGCCCCUGCUCACCUGGCCUUACGCCUUCCUCCGCAAGUUUGGCCAGGAUCAGGCCGUCUUCUCCUUCGAGGCUGGCCGCCGCAGUGACUCCGGAGAGGGCACCUUUACCUUCAGCACCCCACGGGCCCCUGAGCUCUGCCGGGCUGUGGCUGCUGCCAUUGCCUGCCAGCAGCAGGGCAAGGACACCCCGGACCCCAGACUCUUCUGUGUCUCAGAUCCCCAGCUCUUUGCACAGGGCUUUGAGCCCCAGCCCUGGGGACCUGGGAACGAUGAUUCCCAGCCCAGUCCAGCCCUGGGGGGGACACAGCCUGCCUCCCACCCCCCUGCCAACCUCCUCUGCUUCACCCCACCAGAGCCAGAGGCCUCAUGCCCCAUCAUCUAUGCCUCCAUCGCCCGGGGCCAGCAGCCCCUCUUUGUGCCAGGGCAGCCAGACUCUGCCGAGCCCUGGGCCGUGGGGAAGCCGCUCCCUGAGCAUCUCUACGAGAACAUCUUCACUGCAGAACCACAUCCAGCUAGGGCCCAGGAAGAGGAGGAGGAAGGGCAGUGGGAGCUGAGGUGCCGACAGGCUCCCGAGGGCCACAGCACUGAGGGGGGGCCCCUCUAUGACAACCGGGCCGCCAUGGCACAGAACCCCAGGGCCGCGGGCUGGGGACGCGGAGGGCAGGAGGCGCUUUCAGGGCGCUCCGGGCACAAGCCUCACAGCACCCUUCGGGCCAAGCUGGUGCGGCUGCUGAGCCGGGAGAGCCCCGGAGCGCGGGACUGGGCUUGA